CAUCUAGAGCGCCGCGGGACAGAAUCGUCCGGUGGGGACCGGGACAGCGCAUCGAGAAGUGCCCUGGCCCAACGCCCGCAGGAACCUGAACCCCUGGGCCAGCGGUGCCUUCUCUCCGAGAGGUCUCUAGCAUCUGCACUGUUAAAGCCCUCUGAGCCUCAGGGCGGAUUGACGACCCUUACAGAUCAGACAGUUGGAUGCGACCACGCCGGAAGUUCCCGGAAAUUGAGUCUUAGCUCCGAUUCCAAAACAAAUGCUUCCUCACAAGUCCAGAUCUCUGUCAUUGGCGUUAGGAUCUGGUCACCUGACCUAUUUAAGCCAAUGAGAGGCGGUUGAAUUAGUACUUCCGCUUUCUGUUGCGUUAACGAGCCACUGUGCCCGUCCCACGGAUACUCUGAUUGGCCAGCUUCUCUCAGCUCGUCAGUUUAUUGGCUAGCGCCGCUAGGCCGCGAUCGAGCCGGGUCCGAGAGCUGUGUCAGACAACUGGGCAGCCAUGGCGUCCUAUUUCGACGAACACGACUGCGAGCCGUUAGACCCCGAGCAGGAGACUCGAACCAAUAUGCUGCUGGAGCUCGCAAGGUCACUUUUCAAUAGGAUGGACUUUGAAGACUUGGGGUUGGUAGUAGAUUGGGACCACCACCUGCCUCCACCAGCUGCCAAGACUGUGGUUGAGAACCUCCCCAGGACGGUCAUCAGAGGCUCUCAGGCUGAGCUCAAGUGCCCCGUGUGUCUUUUGGAAUUUGAGGAGGAGGAGACUGCCAUUGAGAUGCCUUGCCAUCACCUUUUCCAUUCCAGCUGCAUUCUGCCCUGGCUAAGCAAGACAAAUUCCUGUCCCUUGUGCCGCCAUGAGCUGCCCACUGAUGAUGACACCUAUGAGGAGCACAGACGAGAUAAGGCUCGAAAACAGCAGCAGCAGCACCGACUGGAGAACCUCCAUGGAGCCAUGUACACGUGAGGAGGCUGGGGCUGAGCACCGGCCCUCUGCGUCUUCCUUACAAACCUUGAAUCCUCAUUAAAGGUUUCUGUACUCACCCUGAGGCUGUAUUGAUCACAGACCUGGUCAGGGGCUCUGCAUCCUCCUUCAGGUCUCUACUGCUAUUGGGGAAGGUGGUCCUAAACCGCAGAAGUAGGCCAUGGUUUCCUUCCCUGCUGGCCCAUCUAGACUCAUGGCAGUGGAUUACUGCACCAGCCAGGGCUUGGGCCUAUGUGUUCAUGGUUGGAAGGCAAAAUGUGUCAGGGUCUGGCACCCAGUUAAUUACUUAAAGCUGAUAAACUAGCCUGCAGCCUCCUCUCACUGCAAUUUCUAGUUAACUUUGGAAUCCCAGAGGUUUUCUUUUUCUCUAUUGAGAAAGCUGCUUUUAAUAUUUUAAAGUUGCUCUCUGUACUACCCCCACCUUCCACCCCUGCCUCUUACUAAGGAAUCAAAGUUCAAACCAGACUCUGAGUGGGGGAUGGGUGAGAUUAUUAGAUCAAGUCAGUUCUUUAGAUUGUUUAGAGGCCUAGAAGGGUUUCAAGCCCUUCAACAGGUAUUUGAAUGGUACCUGCCAUCCUGUGUUUCUGGCAGCAAAGUAUGCUCAGCACUGUCCUGGGGGGCAAGGGCUUUCUCCCAUCCUUGGCUUUUGGAAAGCCAUCCCAGAUCAGGUCCCCCCUUUCCCGACUCUCCAGAACAGACUACAAACAUGCAAAUUAGAAUUCUUUUAAUAUAAAAAAAAGUACUAAAAUA